AGGAGAGAGAGGUGACUGAGGAACACAUUUUCAUCCAAACCUCUCCGUUUUUUCCAGAGCCUAUCUGUGCUCCGCGGCUCAGCGCAGCUCCCCAUUGUUUAAACUGGGAGGACAAAAUAAAACCACUCCGCUUGUUCUUAUAAUCGCAGCCUGUGAGUCAUUUUUUUGGGGGUAUCUGAUGCUCGAUUCUCGCCGCUCUGAAUGCUGUAUUCAUUGUCAACUUCUCCCGAUUUCUCCACUUAGACUUGAGCUGCAUCAUGAAUAGUUUGGGGGCACCUUUCAAUCGCAUACCUCUGGAAUGGUGGGGAUUACACAGCCGACACCCGGAGAGCAUGUAAACGCAAAUGGAGUUUGGGAUUUAUUGCAAAAUAAGGGAAAGAUGACCGUCUUCUCGUUGUGCUUGCUCUUGUGCGCGGAUCUACUGGAUUUAGCCGUCGGAUAUUUGACAGUUACCAUAGAGCCCCUGCCUCCUGUUGUCGUGGGAGAGACUGUUACUCUCAAGUGUAACUUCAAAACUGACGGAAGGCUUCGAGAGAUUGUUUGGUACAGGGUCACAGAUGGAGGGACCAUCAAGCAGAAAAUCUUCACCUACGAUGCUAUGUUUAAUACCAAUUACUCUCACAUGGAGGACUACCGCAGGCGUGAAGACCUCGUGUACCAAUCAACCGUCCGGCUCCCGGAGGUACGGAUCUCAGACAACGGGCCUUACGAAUGCCAUGUCGGCAUCUACGACCGGGCAACAAGGGAGAAGGUUGUCCUGGCUUCAGGGAAUGUUUUUCUUACUGUUAUGUCACCUCCAAACAACAUAUCAGUGGUGGCAGAGAACACUCCAGCCCCAUUCAGUCGAUACCAAGCCCAGAAUUUCACUCUCGUCUGCACUGCAAAAGGAGGGAAACCAGCCCCAUCGGUGUACUUCAAGCGUGAUGGCGAGCUGAUCGAAGUGAUCUCCUACACUCAAUCCUCCAGCGAGCAGGGAGGCGGCGCAGCGGGGGUGAGAGGAGCCAGGCCGCUCAUCAGCAGGGACCUGGAUGACACUAAACUGCAGCGUUCCCUCUCCCUCCUGGACCCCGAAGGGCGGGCGCCACGUCUGUACACAGAGAGCCCCCAGCGUGUCCACACUCAGGGCCAGCAGGCCUACGAGCCCAGCCCCGCUACGGAGGUCAUCCCCGAGACGGUGGUGAGCCGGGAAUUCCCCCGCUGGGUGCACAGCACAGACCCUCUCUACUACUUCAGCCACACUCACAUCCCCCAGAGUGACGGCUCAGUGGUGGUGCAGGCCCGGCUCACCUGGACCCUCAACCCUCAGCUGGAUAACGACGCCCUGUUCAGCUGCGAAGUGAAGCACCCGGCGCUGUCCAUGCCCAUGCAGACAGAGGUCACUCUAGCUGCUCCUAAGGGUCCUAAACUCUUCAUGUCCCCCACCAGAGCAAAGGUAGGGGAUACGGUGCGCAUCACUGUGCAAGGAUUCCAGAAUGAGGUGUUCCCCGAGCCCCUCUUCACCUGGACGCGAGUGGGGGGCCGCCUGCUGGAUGGCAGUACUGAGCGAGAGGGGAAGGAGCUGAUUCUGGAGAGAGUGCCAGCCGAGCUCAACGGCUCCAUGUAUCGCUGCACGGCCCAGAAUCCUCUGGGCUCCACGGAUACGCACACUCGCCUCAUAGUCUUUGAAAAUCCAAGCAUGAUGAAAAACACACAGAAUCAGAACAAUGGAGCCUCCCGUGUGGACGUGCUCGGACUAACGUGGAUGGCACUUGUCCUCACAGUGACAGUGGAACUGACGUGAAACCUCUCAUCCGAGACACUCUCACGCACACACAUACACACACACACACACAUACUUGCCCUUCUUACACUACAUCCACACAUGCACACACGCACACAUGCAGACACACUUUCCACAGACCCUGCAAGCCUUCUCCAGUCAUCAACAGGCCCUCCAUGCGUCAGUCGAUCAGGAAACAGCGCCAUCACAGGAUGGCGCUCCACUGUUUUUUGUAAUAAAAUAAUAACCAAGAUAAAUGAUAUCAAAAGAACAACGUGAUGAACAUGACAAUAACCACCUCCUAUAUAGCCCUGCCCAGUUACACCCCUUUUUUUGUUUCUUGUCCCACGUCUGCCUGUUGAUCAAUAAAAUCAGUUGAUUUGAAAUGGAAAAAGAAAAAAAGCAUUUGGAUUUUAUUUUGACGAGUCAAAAUGUCAUUGGUGUUGACUGAAAUGUGAAAAAGUGGAACUGGCUUAGGAUGCGCCACCGUAUCAACCACACUCAUCUGUUACAUGUCCUGGGAUGCACCUGAUUAGCAACAAGCUGAUAAACCACGGGGGAACAAACACAGAUGCUCCAGGAGAACAUUCUUUUUUUAUUAAUAUACAAGUAUUCCUUUUUUUCUGAUGGCGCGGAAUGUACAAGAGGAUUUAAAUGCAUUACGAAACUAGAAAAAAAAAUCUCCUUUUUGAGUGUAUUUUGUGUACAUCAGUGUAAAUAUUGAAAAUAAUUAAAGAGGUUAUAUGGGUUCAGGUGAGGGAUGGUUGUGGAUACAGUUGGAGUUUACACUUCUCCACCUUUGUUUGUACUUCAUUCAACACUGUUCUCAGAGAUAAUUCUUGGCUGAAAGGACAGAAACAUUAACAGCCUUUCUGUUUCUCAUUUGGGCUUUUUAUAUCUAUAUGGCAGGUCUCCAAUGACAGAGUUUAAAAAAAAAAAAUCUAACAUAUGUCUGCUGUUUUGGGGUUGUGGUGCAUGUGACGUUUGAAGAUUCUUUCUCCUUUUGGUGUGUUGCAAUUGACAGCACUGCAACUCAUUGUCACUGGCCUGUAAUCCAGUUAUUCACUUGUGACAUACUAUCUUAAGUGACCUACAUUGUGUACAAAACGUAACUCUUACCCAGACAUCUACAGUACUAGUAGGAUCAUUUUAGCCGCCAUUCCAGGGAGGUGCUCACUUGAGGCAGCGUGUGUAAACAGGGUUGUUGCAUUUGUUUCAUUUCACCUGUAUUAAAAUGGAGAGAUGAUAAAACUUACAAGCCUUGACUUUACUUACAACACUGUGUUCAACGUGUUCAGUCAAAUCCAUCGCCAGAUGAAAUGUUGGCAUUGUACGUUUCUGCAAACCACGGAUACGUCACAUUUAUAUGUUAUUACAUAGGAGAUACGUUGAAACUUUCUUUACAUUUCAACAACGCUGUGGUUAAUGUGUGGUUAGGGUUAGGCACAAAAACAACUUGGUAAUGGUUGAUAAAGAUCAUGUUAUAACUCAAAAUACCCAGUUUUGGGGGCAGAAUCCUGGCAGGAAACACUGCUCUUUUUUGAGACUAUCCUAGCAGGAAACGAAUUGUCUCUGUAAAAAAUAAAUGCUUAUUGUGGCACCAUCGAGGCAGAAAAUGCAGCAAUGUGCAAAUAAUUUUUUUUUUUUACCCCAGCAGGAAAUGCAGCGAUAUCCCAAUAAAAACAACCACUUUCAUGACACUAUCCUGGCAGGAAAUGCAGUGAUGUCUCUGUAAAAAAAAACAAUUGCUUUUUGUGGCACAAUCCCAGCAGGAAGCCCAACGAUUUCUAAUAAAAACAACCGCUUUUUUGUGUGACCAUCAUGGCAGGAAACACAGCGAUAUAACGAUAAAAACAACUGCUUUUCAUGAUACUAUGCUGGCAAGAAACACAGCGAUGUUGUCGUAGUAAAAAAAAAAAAACACUUUUUGUGAGACUAUCCAACCAGGAAACGCAACGAUGUCUUUUCACUUUUUGUGGGACUAUCACGGCAGGAAAUGCAGUGAUAUCACAGUAAAAAUCAACUGCUUUUCAUGAAACUAUCCUGACAGGAAGCGCUGCAAUGUCUUGAUGAAUAAUAACUGUUUUCUGUGCCACUAUCCCGGCAGGAAACCCACUGUCUCAGUAAAAAAUAAUUGCUUUUCGUGGCAGUAUUUCGGCAGGAAACACAGUGAUGUCUCCAUGAAUAAACAACUGCUUUUCGUGACACUAUCCCAGCAGGAAACGCAGCGAUAUCACAAUAAAAACAACCACUUUUCAGGACACUAUUCUGGCAGGGAAUACAGCAAUGUCUCCAUAAAAAAAAUAAUAAAAAACAACAACUUCUAUGUGGGACCAUCCUGGCAGAAAAUGCAGUGAUACUGCUGUAAAGAAACAAUUGCUUCUUGUGGCAUAGUUCCAGCAAGAAACGCAAGAAUAUCUCAAUAAGAACAACCACUUUUUGCAGCACAAUCAUGGCAAGAAACGCAGUGAUAUCAUGAUUAAAACUAACUGCUUUUUGUGACACUAUACCACCACGAAACACAGCGAUUUCUUGGCAAAAAACAGCCACUUCUUUUUUUCACUUUAAAAAGUUGAUAAGAUACGUAUAAAACAUGCACAUGUAACAGAUUCGUGGUUUGCUGAAACAUACAAUUCCAACAUCUUCUGGCGACUGGGCCGGUUCAGUAGUGGAUGUGCAUCUGCCAGUCUGUGAUGCUUGGUACAGGUAAUAUGCAGUAUCUAAUAAUGCUCAUUCAUGCGUAUCCAGAUUGUUGCAGGAACUGUUUACAAUCUAAUUUGAUGAUAAUCUCACCAUGUGAGGGAAAUCUGAAGGACAGUCUGCAGAGGCUCCUGCAGAUUUUUAUGCCGGCUCACUUAGAGGUGAGCUCCAAAAAUGACUUUGUUUCAGAUAUUCCUGAUUGCACUGACCCCAGCAUGACUUCUGAAGGAGAUUCUGAUAUUGCUGUUAACCCUUUCCAGUGUGCGCUCUCUCUCACACACAGUGAAGGGUAGCUUAAUGCAGAAUAAUCCUGCAUUUUUUUGGACUUCACAAGAAUUGCAAUUUAAGCUAUUCUAAGGACACAACAUGUAUUAAGGGAUUAAGGUUUAAACCAGGUGGGAGGUAAAAGGGGAGAUUUCUAAAGCUUAGUCGAAUAGAAAGGAUAGACCUAUCCGUUUGGGAUAUCGGCUCACCUUGCCAAAGUACAAUCCAUAUUCCUGCAUUGUGGAGAUGAGAGCUGCAUAGCAAAAACAUUAUUAACAGACAGUCAUAUGCGCUUUGAAUUAAUUUUUUUUCCAGUGAGGGAAGCAAAGGGCAUGAAUCCUUGUCCACCCACUGUAUAGCAUUAUAACUCAGCUAUCAUUUUAAUUUUGAUUCAAGAGGCACUUUUGUGCUUUUUUACUUUUUUCACUCACUUCGCAUUCAAGAGAGAAAAAUAGCUCCAUCGCCAUUUCUGAAUGCAUUAGAGAAUGUGCAAAUUGUCUUUUGUGUAAUCAUCAUGCCAAUAGAGAAAGUACAUCAUAACUCUGUGUGUGUAUGUGUAUGUGCAUAUGUGUGUAUUAAAGCUGUCUACAGGUUAAUAGCAGACGUGAAAACUUCAAAUUCAUGAAAUUAGUUCAAAGCUGUUCUGAACUGAAAAGUUCCAACAGGCAAUAAAUACGACCUUUUUAAAUAUAUGGUCUUAUUACAUAUUCUGUUACCCAGAAAGAUGGACUCAGUAUUUUAGCUGUGGAUGUGCAGCAUUUAAUUGUUCACACAUCAAGAUAUUGUUCUGUUUACUGGGUAUAUGUCAUUGCUUUUCAGGUGUAUUUGUGACAUGGUUGGAUGACCCUUGUGGAAGCUGGAGCCAGCUUCACCCGUUCUUCUUUUAUUUCCUUGACAAAUUGAUGACUCAAGACAUGUUACGAAAUAUUAAAGGAAUACUUCACCCCCCAAAUGACCAUAUGUAUAUCAAUUCCCCACCCUGUGUUAAGUUGACCUUGUGACAAAGACUUUGUUUUCAUGCCUGCCU